UUUCUCAUCCCUCUCGUGAAUUUCCAUCUUGCCAUCGCUUUUCUCUGUGUCUCCUUCACCGCUGAUCAAUUGUUUGCAAAAUCACAUUUCAAAGCAUAAGAUCGCACAAUCACGCCAUUUUGCAGCGCCGUUACAAGGUAUUACCAGUUGUAGUCACAACAUCAAUGGCACCAAUGGCUGAUAGGAUUAGUGAGUUGCCAGACGAAAUUCUGCUUCACAUUCUCUCGUUUCUUCCUAUUGAAGAUAUCAUUGCCACAAGUCUUGUUUCAAAGAAGUGGAGACCACUUUGGCUUUCAGUUCCCACCCUCGAUUUCGACCAGGAUAGAUACUUCGAACGGUAUCCUGAGAAACAACAAACGUAUCAUAUUAAUAGCUUUAUUGAUUUCGUAUGUGCAGCCCUUCAAGAACGAGGUUCGCGCCAACCCAUCAAAGGGUUUCGCCUCCUCACGUAUGAUGAAAGCCAAAGCCGUCACGACUAUCACUAUGUGAACCGGUGGUUGAACAAAGCAAUACAACGUGGAGUCGAGAACCUUGAAGUCGACUGUUAUCCUGGAUACGAGUUACCGAGCAACUUCUUCAACUGCACAACACUUGUUGUUGUCAAGUUGCAUUGGGCUGGAUCAUCUCUUUGUAAUGAUUUUUCUUCUGUUUACCUUCCCUCUCUUAAAACCCUGCAUUUGAAUCCGGAUGGAGGUAUUGCUUACUUUUGUAAGGCUCAAGAUUUUAUGGAGUUUCUUUACGGAUGUCCGAUUCUUGAAAAUCUGGUAGCAAAGACUUUAAGAUUUAACGAUUGUUCAUAUGAGGGGAAAGUUAAAAGUUUAUCCAAGUUGGUCAGAGCAGAGAUUUGUGACCUCGACGGAGAAGGAGUAUUUCAUUAUUCUGUGAAAGUUUUUUCUAAUGUAAAGUUUCUGAGCAUAGACCAGUGCAAUGAAGACAUUCCUAUGUUUCCCAAUUUAAUUCAUUUGGAGCUCAUUCGUGUUGAACUUAAAUCGGUACUGGAUAUACUCAGUUGCAGUCCUAACCUUCAAAUAUUUGACCUUGAUUUCAAAUAUUCUUCUGGUGAGGAUUGGCCAAACCCACAGUUGGUUCCCGAAUGUUUUUCUUCACAGCUCAAAAAGUGCGUUAUUGCAAAUUAUACAGGCAUGGCAAAUCAGAUGAGAUUUGUUAAGUAUGUUAUGCAAAAUUCAACAUCUUUACGCUCCAUGACAAUAAGUUGCAGUAGUGAUGAUCAUCAGAAAAAGCUUCAAAUGUUAAUAGAAUUAGCCUCAUGCCCAAGAAGCUCUACAACCUGUCAACUUUUAUUUAAGUAAUGGAUAUGCCUGUUAUUAUUCCUAGAUGGCCAGCCAUUGUAAUUAGUUGGUCCUUUUGAAGAACAUACUUUGUGUUUGGUUUUUAAAUUUUGGGUAUUUGGAAAUUUAACAGAAACUAAACUGAAAUAUUAAUAGAUUUUUAAAUUUAUUGUUGGAUGUGUAUCCUUUCAAGUCUUAGCACUUUUUAUUUAACAUAACUGCCUUUGCUUUGAUAUAAUGUACCUCAGUUGAUCUAUCAUUUUCUUCGUUGUAUCAUAUGGUUCUGACUAUUCUUUUUUAUCAACUAGUUUUGUUCUGAAGUGGUAAACAAUAUUUAUAUAAGUUGAGACCAACUUCACCAAAUUCAAAAACCAGAGUGCUUUUGAGUUUUGAGGAUAAGUACAACUGGAAAAA